AUGAUUUAUCUAUCAAGAACUGAGGAGGCAGAUCUGGAGGACCUGAGUUGUACCGACAUUGAGAAACAAUGGGGUACACUUAAAACUACAGCACUGAAGAAAUACGAAGCAAAAUCAUUGUCUGAAAUGUGCCAUGUGAAAAGACAGAGGGACAUCUAUGUGAAAACAAUGCCAAAAGUCACUGAAGAGAUGGAAAGUCAUUGGAGAAUGAAGUUAAUGCAGAGUAAAUACUUGCACACAACAGUGAAUAUUCUUUAUUUACAAGUCUCAUGCGAUGAGGUGAUGGAGUUGUUGAUUAUGGUGAAAGGAAAACUGACUGAAGAAAAGUUGAAGACAUGUGAAGUAAAUGAAUUUGAAUUUUACAACAGAUAUGUAGCUGUAUCAUUAAACCAAAGUAAAGAAAUAAUCAAUGCUGAGCAGGGUACUCCUUCUUGGAAUAAAGCUAGAAAAGUAAGACUAACAGCCUCCAAAGCGAGAGCCCCGUUUACUUAUUAUUCUAAUAAAAUUGCUGAUUGGGAUAAAAGAUAUCAAGAGGUUUUUCACAGUAAUUUCCUUGGGAAUGAAGAUACUAUCAGAGGCCUUCGCUGUGAAGCAGACGCAAGAGAUUUAUAUGCAGAGCAUUAUAGCUGCAUGAUUUUAGAGUCUAGAUUGCUGGUUCGACCAGAAUUACCAUGGCCUUCUGCAAGUCUAGACGGUACUGCCAUGGAUAAAGAUGAAAAUUUUCUUAGAAAUAUUGAGAUUAAUACAUAA